GAAAUCUGAUCUUACUUCCCCAAAAAGCUAUCCCUUCCCUGCAUCGCCCUGUACCGAGAGAGGGGACAGGUUCAGAGCCAGACGGAGAAGGGUUUCAAGGAGUCCUGCUCUGUCUCUGCUCCAGCAGCUCGUCCCCAGCUGACAGCAACAUGAAGGUCUCUGUGGCUGCCCUCGUCUUUGUCCUCAGCAUGGCCUGCUGCUCCCAGGCCUCCAUCGAAGAAAAGAGUUUUGCAAUGAGCUGGGGUAUGAUGUCCGACAGCUGCUUCAGCUACACAUCCCGGCAGAUCCCACGCCGCAUAGUGACUGCCUAUUUUGUCACCAGCCGCAUGUGCUCCCAGCCAGCUGUAGUAUUUAUCACAAAGAAAGAUCAUAAAAUUUGCACCAACCCCAAAGAUGCCUGGGUUCAACAGUAUGUGAACGACCUGAAACAGAGCGUCUCCGGGGACAGACAGUGAUGAAAAGCCACUCUCCGUUCCCACUGGUGCACCCGGAGCAAUCGCCACUGACUGCCUUAGAGCACCGAACGAUCAGCAAUGUUUGAAAUGUCAUUUACAACGAUUAAAGCAAGCUGAGCUGA